UUUUUUUCCCCCCACCCCAGCCCUCAAGAGGGAAGAUUUAGGGAGGCCGGCUUCCAGUCAACGCGGAGCGACUCGACCCGGGCAGAAAAACUUGAGAAGCGUCGAUCGGACAUUAGAGGAUGUUGGAGGGACAAUGUGAAGACUUGCAGUGAGAAGCGGCGCUGUUGCUGGAGAACUCGAACGCAAGCGGGGAAAGAUGGCAAGGAGGCGCAUCCACACGUUCCUCGCUCCGCUUCUGCUGGGACUUUUCCUCCUCCAUGUGUCGGUGAAAGGAGUGCAACAACAGGAGGAGGAGGAGGAGGAGGAGGAAAGGUCCUGCCAGGGCGCCUUCGACCUCUACUUUGUCCUGGACAAAUCUGGAAGUGUGAAGCAUCACUGGAUUGAGAUUUACUCUUUUGUAGAGCAGCUGGCAGAGAAAUUUAUCAGUCCCAUGUUGAGGAUGUCCUUCAUAGUCUUCUCCACGCAUGGCAAAAUCAUCAUGGAGUUAACUGAGAACAGGGAGGCCAUCACUGAAGGACUCAGAUCUCUAAAAAGUGUGAUUGCUGGAGGAGACACAUUUAUGGACCUUGGCCUUGAGAUGGCAAACACACAGAUUUAUCAAGAGAAUCAAGGGACAGCCAGUGUUAUCAUCGCCUUGACUGACGGGGAACUGAACGAGUGGCAGUUUGACAAAGCUCAGCGAGAGGCUCAAAGAGCCAGAUCUAUGGGAGCCAUUGUUUACUGUGUAGGAGUCAAAGAGUUUAACCAGACCCAGCUUGCGACCAUUGCGGACACUAUGGAACAUGUGUUUCCUGUGUGGGGGGGCUUUCAAGCCCUCAGGGGCAUCAUUGACUCGAUCAUCAAGAAGUCCUGCAUUGAGAUCCUCGCUGCUGAGCCAUCCAGUGUGUGUGCAGGAGAGAAAUUUCAGGUGGUGGUGAAAGGAAACGGUUUUCUCCAUGCCAGAAACAUCGACCAGGUCCGCUGUAGCUUCAAAUUAAAUGACACACACACUGUUGAUGAGAGACCGGCCGGAAUAGAAGAUACAUUCCUUCUCUGUCCUGCUCCUGUUAUCGAAGAGGCGGGGAGGGUCAUCUACCUGCAGGUGAGCAUGAAUGAGGGCAUCUCCUACAUCACCAGCUCGGUUCACAUCACAACAACUGAAUGUUUUGAUGGCACUAUCGUGCUGAUCUCGCUGCUGGUGGUGUUCUUGCUGUUGGCCCUGCUGCUCAUGUGGUGGUUUUGGCCUCUGUGCUGCACUGUGGUCAUCAAAGAACCUCCCCCUCCACCUCCCCCAGAACCUGAAUCGGACGAUGAAGAUGGGAUGCCCAAGAAGAGAUGGCCCACAGUGGACGCUUCGUACUACGGAGGACGAGGAGUGGGGGGCAUCAAACGCAUGGAGGUGCGCUGGGGGGAGAAGGGCUCCACCGAGGAGGGCGCCAAGCUGGACAAACCCAAAAAUGCUGUCGUCAAGAUGCCAGAGGAGGAAUUUGAGCCUUUUGAACCCAAGCCUCGAAAACCUAACCGCCGGACUACGCAACGGAGGAGGUGGUACACGCCCAUCCAGGGGAAGCUAGACGCUUUAUGGGCUCUCUUUAGAAGAGGCUACGAUCAAGUCUCUCUAAUGAGGCCUCAGCCUGGAGACCAGGGUCGUUGCAUACGCUUCCACCGGGUCAAGGAAGGCGAAUCGGCCACCUACACCCGCGCCACCCCCCGCGCCGCCCCGUCUCCCCCAUCCUCACCCCUUCCCACCGCUUCCCUUCCUCCCGCGCCCGCCGAGCAGCGAUCCCUGGUUUCCAACUCGGUUCCCCGCACCAAGCCCCCUUCCAGAGGGCCCCGCACCGUGCCUCCGUCACGCAUACCCCCUCCAGUAGCACGACCGCCUCCCGGGCCACCCCCAUCCCGCGUACCACCGGGACCACCGCCUUCCAGACCCCCUCCCAGGCUGUGAUGAUGAUGAUAUAAGUGGUCCAACUCCUGCAAGCCUGUGGGCUUUGUUGCUGGACAGCAAACACAUAGUACAAAAUUUAUCCUCACAUGCAAAUCAGCAAACCAUUUUGUUACUUCAGUACUCACAUGGUGGUUAAUAGGAAGAAGACAGCAGGUAGAUUCGAGUUCAGUGGGUGAACCUAGACAGUAUGACCUUUGAGCAAAAAUCUUGUUUUUAGUGAGCCCACCGUGCAUGUUUUUGGAAUGUGGGAGAGAUUCAAACCAAGAACCUCAGAACUGAGAGGCAGACAUGCUAACCAUUCAAUAAUCAUGUUUUUUUUGCAUCAUUUUUCUAGUAUGGCCUGUCAUAGGAAAAAGGUUCCCUGGAAUGUGUAGAAUGUUAUCUAUGAGUAACUUUGCUUCAGUUUUAUUACAGGAGAUGAGCAAGUUGAAAGAUGUUUUAAAUGUAGACUAGCCUCGGAGUUGCUGCAAAUUAAGCCAACAGUCCUUUCACAUUUCCCAACUACAUAGAAAUUCGUGUUGCAACUGCAGGGCAGUUUUUACAUUUUAUUUAUUUUAUUAGCCUGGGCUGAGUUCACUAGGGUUUCUCUUCUUUUUCUUUUAGGGGGUUAGGGUUAGUCGUUUUUAAUGCAAACAAGCCCUUCAGACUGACAUCCAUUUGUGGCCUUUUUACAACUUUAGUACCAAAGAUUGCUUUGUGCUUUUCUCUUCACUUUUUUAACUGACUGAAAUGAUCAUUUGUAUUAUUUCUGCAUUAACAACUUCAAUAAACUAUUUUGUUUUGUUUUUUUA